AUGGCGGAGGUGAAGACGCCGACGGAAACCAACGGCGCUGCGGCGGCCAAAACCAGCAGCAGCAAUGGCCGCACUCGCGACCCAGAGCAUGACGAGACGCGGAAAAGGCGCGCUCCCCCCGGAGCUAACGCGACGCCCGAAGAACGCGCACGCUACGAACUGGAGCGCAAGAAAGUGGCCAAGUACAAGGAGGAUAAGCUCAAGGCGCGUCGCGAUCACACGCGCAUGAUCUUGGAGAGCCACGCUCAGGCCAAACGCCGCGCAUUAUUGGGGAAACAAUCAGAGUUCUUGGCCACCCUCGAGUUUCGCAACACGCUACCAGAUAUCCCGUUCGACACCAAGUUCGUCAAGUACCCGCACGAACCGGAAAGACUCAUCAAGUACAAACCUAACACGCUGGAAAUGGACUACACGUACGAGAUCCACGAGGAGCCCAAUCUUGGCCUGACCAUCGACCUCAUCGAUCCGACCAAGUAUGAAGCCCCCUUGGAGCCCGAGCCGCUGGAGGUUGGCGACGAGCAGACAUUGAUGAUGAAGGAGGACCAUGCCGGCAACAAGGGCCGGUCCAAGGCCCGUCCAACGGUUUCUUGGCUGCGACGUACAGAAUAUAUGGGCAACGAUCUGUACGACUCGGUGCACAAGUUCAAGAGCGAGGCAGAAAUUCAAAGCGCACUGCGCGAGGGCACGGAGAACGCGCUGGCCGAGGUGGUGUCAGUGACGCUGGAGGAUCGUGCCGAGGCGUCCUUCCACGACAUCAACGACUCCAAAUUGUUGGUGCACCCACACAACAAGAGGAAAAAAAUUAUCAAGGUGUGGGAUGUCUUCCCGGAUCAGAUUUUGUCGGCCAACAAGUAUGCAAUUCUGUCGUACGAUAUGUUACCGUCGGAAGAUGUCAAGAGCAAGGGAAUUACCAGUCGCGAAGAACGUGCUUUGUUGUGUGGUGUAAACAAGAAGAUCCAAGCCGGCAACGAGCUUAUUCAGGGAUCUAUUCUGUUGCCCAACGCCUCCACAGAAGAAGAGGAAAGCAACGACCGCGAGAAAUUUUCAUACCUCCGAGAAUAUCUUAUGUCUGUGGAUUCGCUUGACAGCCGCGAGUCCCAGCACAUUGUCUUCAUGCUGGACCCGGAGUCCAACCAGUUCACGUACAGUGAUGUUCUGAACCGUAUUCAACUCAGAAAAACGAAGAUGAGUGGAGAAGAGAAACGUCGUCAUGGAGCUGUCGUUCACCGUCGGGAUUACUCGGAAGGCGAAAUUGACAGCCGCACUCAGAUUCUUUUCGAUUGCGGAGGGGUUUACGAUGAGCAACUUGAUGACGAGGAGAGUGUGCGGGAGCUCAAGCGCCGACGGGCAGGAGAGAAGCACACAUCGUCUUUUUCUGAUGACGAGGAAACGAAAGCUAGCACCCCUCCGCCGGAGAGUUCUCCGGAGAAAGCAGGCAGUCCUGCUGGAAAAGAUGGUGGGAGCGAUAGCCCGGUCCCGCAGAACGACGGAAGCGCUAGCCCGGUCAUCAGUGACAGUGACAGUGAUUAG